AUGGAUCUGAAUCCCUCUAGGAGGAGAUUAUCUCUUCCAAAAGCCACUGAUAAACAGCCAGAAGAACAAACUUUAGUCCAAGAAAAGAGAUACAGAUUGUUUGGAGUGAUGAAAAUCACAGAGAUCUUAGCUUAUUUCAUGGUUAUUGUCCCUGUUUUGUUAGUCAUCAUGUUUAUAUUCUCUGGACAUGACUCGUAUGAUCAGGGAAAUGGCUUUGCAAAAGCAUCAAGAAUCAUCCAAAUCAAACCAAAUGUGACAUCUGAGGAUGAUUCAACAUUGCAGAGAGAUCAGAAUCCAAAAGAUUUGUCUCUCCUUGGAGGACUACUUGUUCCCGGUUUCAAGACACACACAUGCUUAAGUAGAUACCAAUCUUACCUCUACCGUAAAGCUUCAACCUAUAAGCCUUCUUCCUAUCUCAUUUCAAAGCUUAGAGCUUAUGAAAAGCUUCACAAACGAUGUGGACCAGGAACCAAACCCUAUACCAACGCUGAAAGGCUUCUUAAACUGAAACAAACCGGUACUCAAGAAUCAGAAGGAUGCAAGUAUGUUGUUUGGAUGGAGUUUAGUGGACUAGGUAACAGAAUCAUCAGCAUUGCCUCAGCGUUUCUGUAUGCAAUGUUGACGGAUAGAGUCUUGCUCGUUGAAGGAGGAGAGCAGUUCUCAGACCUAUUCUGCGAACCGUUCCUUGACACAACUUGGUUAUUACCAAAACACUUCACAUUAACUAACCAGUUUAGUGGCUUUGCUCAGAACUCACCUCAUUGCCAUGGAGAGAUGCUGAGGAGGAAACUGAUCAACGGUUCUUCUGUCUCGUCUCUGUCUUAUCUUUAUCUCCAUCUAGCUCAUGACUACAACGAGCACGACAAAAUGUUCUUCUGUGAAGAAGACCAGAGUUUGCUUAAGAAUGUUCCUUGGCUGAUCAUGAGGACUAACAACUUCUUUGCACCGUCUCUCUUCUUGAUCCCUUCGUUUGAGGAGGAGCUUGGUAUGAUGUUUCCGGAGAAAGGAACUGUGUUUCAUCAUUUGGGACGUUACCUUUUCCAUCCUUCGAAUCAUGUAUGGGGACUCAUCACAAGAUACUAUGAAGCUUACUUAGCCAAAGCUGAUGAGAGGAUUGGUCUUCAGAUAAGAGUCUUUGAUGAGAAGUCUGGUGUGUCUCCUCAAGUCACAAAACAAAUCUUGUCAUGUGUUCAAAACGAGGAAGUGUUACCAAAACUAAGCAAACCAGGAGAAGAACAGAAGCAGCCAUCAGAAUCAGAAGAGUUUAAACUCAAAGCUGUCUUGGUCACUUCUUUAACAACAGGUUACUAUGAGAUCUUGAAGACAAUGUACUGGGAGAAUCCAACUUUAACAGGAGAUGUGAUUGGUAUACAUCAGCCAAGUCAUGAAGGACAUCAACAAACAGAGAAGCUAAUGCAUAACAGGAAAGCUUGGGCAGAGAUGUACUUACUCAGCUUAACCGAUAAGUUGGUUAUCAGUGCUUGGUCUACAUUUGGUUAUGUAGCACAAGGACUUAGAGGAUCAAGGGCUUGGAUUCUUUAUAAGAAUGAGAAUCAAACCAAGGUGAUAAACCCUCCUUGUGGUAGAGCUAUGUCACCAGAUCCUUGUUUCCAUGCUCCUCCUUACUAUGAUUGCAAAGCAAAGAAGGGGAUUGACACAGGUAGUGUUGUACCUCAUGUUAGACACUGUGAGGAUAUUAGCUGGGGACUUAAGCUUGUUGACAACUCAUAA